AUGGCACAGCCCAACCCGUACCUGCUGGCCUGCGACAACCCCUCCGCCCUCCUGGACCUUCUGCGCUCCAAUCCCGAGAUCGCUUCAUGUCAAGACAAGCAUGGCUACUCGCUCCUCCAUGCCGCAGCAUCCUACGGCCAUCUGGACCUCCUCCGUGCGCUUGUGAAAGAAUUCAACGUGGGUGUCCAUCUUCUCGAUGAAGACGGCGAGACCUGCUUGUUCGUGACCGAAUACCCCGCGAUCGCUCGGUGUCUGGUCGAGGAACUUGGGAUAGACUACAACAAGAAAAAUGACGAGGGCUUGACCGCUCUGGAGAAAAUGGAGGUAGACGACGAGUUUCCCCGAGUAAUCGAAUACCUGCGAGAAGUUCUGGGGAGGUCUGCCCCCUCCGAUCCGGCCAGCUCGUCUACAGGACCGUUGAACCCACCGCCGCCCAUCCCGGGUAAUAUGAAAGUCAAUAUUGGUACCAUGUCAGAACAGGAGGCCAGCGCGGGGGAAACUGAAGUCGAUCCCGAGUUCAAGCGGCGUAUCGAUGAGCUGGCGGCGCGGGAGGAUUUCCAUAGCGAUGCGACCCAAAACCAGCUGCGCGAGCUGGUGAUGGAUGCUAUUACCGGCUCCAAUAUCGAGACACAAGACGCAGAUCUGCGGAGGCGAGUGGAGUAA